GCCCUUUAAUCCGCUGAGCUAUCUGGCCGGUCCCUAAUCAUCUUCCAGUCCAGAAGAGUCUGUACCAAUCCCUCUGUUUUCUCAGCUGCCUUUCAAGUAUGGUGUCCCAGAGUGUGCUCCUGCCCUCUGUUGUCUUGGUCUGGUCUCUUCCAGUGGGCACACACCCCAGGGCGGUGUGGCUAUGCCCAGACUUGGGCUCUGAACUCAAACAGCUGGCCUUUUCCUGACGGUGCACAUGAAGCAGCUCCUCACCAACACCAUUAUUUUCCUUCCCUCUUACACCGUCUCCUCCAUCCUCCCUCCCUCCCUCAACUCGCUGUCCCUCUGUCACUCCCUUCUGUCCUUUCUUUUAUCGCUUACCUUGCUUUGUUUUUCCUCAUAGCACUUACGCCAUGGACCUAUUGAACAUUCAUUCGUUAUUGUCUGUUUCCUCCACUAGGUCGCCGUCUCCCUAGAGCAGGCACCAUGUCACCUCUCCUUACACCUUCAGUGCCUACCACAGAUGCCUUUAAGUAUUUAUAUGAACAACCAGUGCUCCCAAUUUUGCCAAUCACUAGUGAGGUGGCCUUGGGCAAAUUACUGCCUCUCGGUUCACAUUUACCAAGCCCUUCCGACGUGCGAGGCACUAUUUAUUCCACAAGAUUUGUAUGUCAACUCAUUGAAGUCCCACAGCAAUGCUGUGAGGUGAUUCUAUUAUUACCCUCUAUCACUGACAGAUGAGGAAAAGGGAAGUCCUGAAUGACUGCCCCAGGAUGGAAUUAUUGGCUGGUCCACUCCAGUCCUGAUUUCUGCUCUGCCUCUGUCUUCUGGUCUGUAACGCCUGACCUAUAAAACAGGGCUAAUCACAGCUCUUCCUUGUUUUCCCCAGUGCACAUGCCUCUCACCUAUGGAAGGCGGGUGUCUUCAGGAGGUGAUAGCUCAAGCAAGGCUGGGUGCUGGGCUCAGGGGGAGGUCAUGGAUCUCUGGGUGCUGCCACAGGCCUUCGGGAUUCUGCACAGGCCUGGAAGCCAAACUCCUGUUUCCCUGCUGCAUUCCUCCUGACAAGUUCCUUUGGUGACUUGGGGAAUCGUAGGAUUAGGCAUAGGCUGGAGGGGUAGUGUGAAGGGAUUUACAUUUCUGGUAAUGAGGCAGAUUCGUUCUACUCCAGUUAAAACAGGAAAUGUUGACUAGAAUUAAAAUAAUCUUUCUCAAAGCAUCAAAGAACCUUCUUAGACAGGAAGGAAUGAGUCAGUCAAAAUUUAAGCGAAAAGCAGAAUCAGGAGACAAUCAGGGCUCCAGAGCCCCUCAGGCCCUGAGGACAUCGGCCAAACCAAGCCAAACUUGGGCUUUGGCUUCAGCAUUUUGGGGAAGCUGCAGCCCAGGACUCACCCAAAGAGGAGAUACAAGUGGAAGACAGGCCUUGUCUUGAUGGGACCCCAAAGGGCUACAUGUGAAGCUAACAGGCAGAGGGAACCUGCCUUUCCCUCCCCAGGUCUGUGAGGAGAGUUAGAGUUGCCUUGGUGCUGAAGCGAUCAGGAAGAGGAAAACAGCCCCUAAGGGACUCCAGCCACAAGCCAGCUCUCUCUGUGAGGAUGGCUCAGAACCUGGAGCAGGCCUUGGCGACGAUCGUGGUCACCUUCCAGCAAUACUGCCAACGCUCUGGAGACAAGCACAAGCUCUGCCAGGCGGAGCUCAAGGAGCUGCUGCACAAGGAGCUGCCCACGUGGACCCCGACUGAGCUUCGAGAGUGUGACUACGAUAAACUCAUGAGCGCUCUGGACACCAACAAGGACUGCGAGGUGGACUUUGAGGAGUACGUGCACUCACUCGGCCGCCUCUGCCUCUUCUGCCAUGAGCACUUCAGGGGCUGCCCCCCAGAGCCCCCCUGCCCUCAGUAGUAGCCUUUGCUCCAGAGGGGGGCUGGCCUGGAAGGCAUGGUCUGGCCCCUCCCUCCCUCUUGCAUCUGUUGGCACCUCCCUUGGGUUUGCCUCGCCUGUGCCAACCAAUUUCACCCAUGAGAUCUUCCCAGCUGCCCAGCUGCUGAACGGCAGAGCAGCCCCACCUCUGCUUCCUCUCUCUGUGGGUGGAAGGAGGUGGGGUUAUGCCAUGAAGGCCCUUGAGGUCCAGCCGUGUGUGUAUAAAUGAGGCCAUGGUAGAAGGGGCUGUGUAACUCCUAAUAAAGACAUGGCAGCAGAA